UGCUCAUGCGUCGCUAUCAUCAAAACUUCACAUUCGUGCCUUGUUUUCGUCUUCCUUUUUCCUUCGCCUUGUGAGAUCUCUUCUAGGGUUCUAGUCGCUCUUGUUUCGUCUGUUUCCCAAACCAAAUUGAAGUAUUGAACUCAAGGAGCCCAAGGUAGCUACUUAGUGCUCUCCCUCGCUUCCCAAGCCGUUCUCUUUAGAGUUUCACAAUCCGAACUGACCAAUCGAAGGAAGGAAGUUCGAUAGACAUUCGAUAAUUUUCCCAAUUUGAAUAUAAAUAAGCUCAGGUAAAGGAUCAUGGUGGGAUUUAAAAAUAGGUACUUGGUAAUGGAAGUUUUCUUGGAUCCAAAUCGGGACCUUGUGGGUGAUGAUCCCAUCAUAAUCACACAAUUUAAUGUAGCAAAAGCAAUAAAAGAUAGCAUUCUGGUAAACUAUGGGGAGUGUGGUUUGGCUUCAUCACUUGGAUCAUUACAAGUAAAGUAUGUGAAUCCCAUCACAAAGCUGUGUAUUAUCAGAACCUCACGGGAGGAGUACCAGAAGGUUUGGUCUGCAAUUACCAUGGUUAGGAGUAUUGGAAAUUGCCCAGUGUUAUUCAACUUAUUGGACUUAAGUGGGAGUAUCAAGGCCUGCAAAAGUGCUGCCUUAAAGUGUGAUGAACUCAAAUUUGAACAGUACAAGCUUGUGGUUGGAGACCGUCUUUCAGAGGAUGUUACUAAGCACAUGCAAAAUUGUCUUGAAAAGAUCAAGAUUUUGGAGCACUGAGAAUUUUAUGUGUAGCCUACUGUUCUUUCACUUCAUUUUAUAAAAUUUAACCUUUUGAUUUUGAUUCA